GCCAGCCCGGCCCCCGCCCCCGGCCCCGCCCGUGCGCCUGCGGGGCGCGGGGACUAGGCGGGCAGCGCGGAGCGGGAGCCGGACGCCGCGGCCAGCGCCAGCGCCACCUGCGCGGCCGUCACCAAGAUGUCAUGGCACCCCCAGUACCGCAGCUCCAAGUUCCGCCAUGUCUUUGGCAAAGUAGCCUCCAAGGAGAACUGCUACGACUCCGUCCCCAUCACCCGGAGCGUCCACGACAAUCACUUCUGCGCCGUGAACCCCCACUUCAUCGCUGUGGUGACUGAGUGUGCCGGUGGAGGCGCCUUCCUCGUCAUCCCCCUGCAACAGACAGGAAAGCUCAACCCCCACUACCCGAAGGUGUGUGGGCACCAGCGGAAUGUCUUGGACAUCAAGUGGAACCCCUUCAAUGACUUCCAGAUCGCCUCAUGUUCGGAGGAUGCCACGGUUAAGAUCUGGGACAUCCCCAAGCAGAUGCUGGUGAGGAACAUCACCAACUGCCAGAAGGAGCUGUUGUGCCACGCCCGCAGGGUGGGCCUGGUGGAGUGGCACCCCACGGCCGCUAACAUCCUCUUCAGUGCCGGCUAUGACUACAAGGUGAUGGUCUGGAACCUGGAUACGACAGAGUCUGUCAUCACGAGUCCUGUGAAGAUGAUUCACUGUCACCAGGACGUGAUCCUCUCCAUGUCCUUCAACGCGGAUGGCAGCCUGAUGGCCACCUCCUGUAAGGACCGCAAGAUCCGAGUCAUUGACCCUCGCACGGGGACCUGCCUCCAGGAAUCCAGCUACAAGGAGCACCGCGCCAGCAAAGUCUUGUUUCUGGGAACCCUGAAGAAGCUCUUGUCCACAGGCACCUCCCGAUGGAACAACCGACAGAUGGCCCUGUGGGACCAGGACAACCUGGGCAUGCCCAUCGUGGAGGAGGACCUGGAUGGUUCCUCAGGUGUGCUGUUUCCCUUCUUUGACGAGGACACCAACAUGCUCUACAUGGUGGGGAAGGGAGAUGGGAAUAUCCGCUACUAUGAGGUGAGCGCCAACAAACCUUACCUCAGCUACCUGACCGAGUACCGCUCCUCCAAUCCACAGAAGGGGAUCGGUGUUAUGCCAAAGAGAGGUCUGGACGUAUCUUCCUGUGAGAUCUUCCGGUUCUACAAGCUGAUCACAACCAAAAGCCUCAUCGAACCUGUUUCCAUGAUCGUACCCCGCAGGUCGGAGUCCUACCAGGAAGACAUUUACCCGCCCACAGCAGGGGCACAGCCUUCCAUGACGGCCCAGGAGUGGCUCAGCGGGAUGAAUAAAGGGCCCGUCAUGGUAUCCCUGCGGCCCGGCUCUGAGCCGCUGAACCCCCAACCCCAGCCCAGCCCCCAGGUGGUGGCCCCACAGAGACCCACCUCCAACCCCAUGUCCCCCACCUCGCCCCGGCCCCUGGGCCACACGGAAAAGCUGGCCGUGGACGAUGGUUGGCGGCUCGGCUUGGGGGCUAUGGACAAGAUGCCCCAGAGGGACAUGGAGCAGCAGGUGGAGGAGAGGAAGACCUGGAUGAUGAACGGCACGGACAUCUUCGACUACCCGCCACCCAGGACGGAGAACGAGCUGCGGAAGAUGUUCUAUAAGCAACAGGAGGAGAUCCGGCGGCUCCGUGAGCUGUUAAUGCAGCGCGACGUGCAGGCCAGACAGCUGGAACUGGAGAUCAAAAACCUGCGCACCGGCUCGGAGAGGUUCUGAGCAGAGAAAACGAAACCCUCAGUCGCUGAAAGAUUCCCAUGGGAUGCGGUGCCGGUUUUUCUAUUUGCCUUCUCGAAACAGCAGUUUCUGAAUUGACUCUAGAUGAGAACCUUGCCG